AUGACCCUAGUGAUUUAUGCAAGGGUCUUCACACGGGAAGCAACGGAAAGAAACGUGUGCAUAGCAGCGGCAGAGAAGGUACCAAGUGCGGCGGAUGACAAGAAAUUCGAUGCAAUAAUUCAAAAGCUCUCAAAAAAACCAAAUGCAAGAGCAGUUGUCCUCUUUACAAGAGCAGAGGAUGCCAGGAGAAUUUUAGAAGCAGCGAGAAGAUCCAAUUUGAGUCAGUCGUUUCAGUGGAUAGCAUCAGAUGGUUGGGGUCGUCAAAACAAAUUAGUUGAGGGCAUUGAAGAUGAGGCGGAGGGAGCAAUUACCGUGGAACUACAGUCGAAAAAUAUCCCCGGCUUCGACGAAUACAUGGCUGAGUUAACGCCCGAAAAUAAUCGUAGGAAUCCUUGGUUCGGAGAGUACUGGGAAGAAGUAUUCGGUUGUGUACUCAGAAAAAAUAUACCCUUGGAAACCCACAAAAGUCUAAAUAUUUGUUCAUCAAAAUUAAGCCUAACACCUACUAAUGGUUAUGAACAAGAGUCCAAGGUACAAUUUGUUGUUGAUGCUGUCUAUGCUUUUGCCAUCGCACUACAUAAUCUACAGCGAGAUCUGUGCGGCAAGAGUAAAGCCCUUUGUCAGGCGAUGAUCGAUUAUGACAAGGGUAUAUUCUACAAGAAGUACCUACUCAACGUUUCGUUUACAGAUUCUGCUGGAAGCGAGGUAAAGUUUGACGAGCAUGGUGAUGGUCUUGCCAGGUACGAGAUUCUCAACUUUAGAAAGGCCAAUCAGAGUGGAACAAAUGGAUAUUAUUACCGGUGGAUGGAUCAAAGUGGAUAA